UCUUAACUAGGUGUAGUAUCUCUAUCAAGAUCGAUGCGCGAUGUGUUUGCUUUCAUCUUAUGUGAUUUUACCUCGCAGUCCAGUUGUCCAAUAGGUUUAGCUCGUUCAACCGGCCAAGGCUCACUGCCUCGACACCGCCCCCAUAUCGUCGGGAAGCACAACUGAUUAUACAGCGAUCAAGGGACCCCGUCCGAGCGGCUGCGGACUGCGCAAUUCGCCCAUUUCGGCAACCCCGUAUCCAUUUUAUAUUCAUAAGAACGCGCUUUUGUCCCUUUACGUUCUUUUUCUUGGUAUAUUCACCCUAGACUGUGAACGAUUAAUUAGAAGAGCUUUUCCAAAACAAUGUCAGAUAAGCCAACGAAUCAGAGACGGCAAUGUUGGGCGUGUUUCAAGAGACGCAUUGUCUGCGACUUUGGGCUCCCAGCGUGUAAAAAAUGCCAGAAUGCGGGGAUGGAGUGCCCCGGGUACGAUGAAAAGAAGCCUUUGAAAUGGCUGGAGCCCGGCAGGGUGACCUCUAAGACACGGACGAAACGAAAGAUUCCAAUCGAACCGGGAAAGAAGGUACCGGGCGGGAAGAAGAAGAACCCUAGAGACGAUGAAGAAAUACUGAAGGAGCCGCCGCCUGGCGCGGGUACGACGCUUGUCUACCGUGGAACGAAGAGUAGUGCGAAGGUGGAAUCGCUGUUGCUCAAGGGCAAAGUCAGCGAAGCCAUCCAAUAUGUUACCGACAUGGGAUUUCUUUGCGCAGAUAUCGAGUUUGUGCCGCGUAACAAAUUCAGAGAUGUCACCUCCGAAGUCGUGGACGCUGUAAAGUUUUAUAAUGACAGACUUUUCCCACAUAUGUUGGAAGUCUUCCAAAUGGCGCCUAGCCCGCAUGUUAUCCAAUUCCCUUUGUCGGCCUUGCAUCAUCUGCCUCUGGCCAUCAAUCAUACGUUAGUAGGCUUCGCCCUUGGGUAUCGCAUGCACUGUAAUGAGCUGCCGCAUGCGGAAGUAUGGUCGAAGGUAUACCACCAUCGAGGAUUGGCCAUUCGAAACCUUAGCGAUAUAAUCAAUCGCUGUGAGUUGACCAAAAAGAUCGAAAGUCGCAAGCAGAAGAUCCUCCUAGAUACAACCAUAGCGAGCAUUCUUGUCUUCUUAUGUGGCGAGCUUCAACAAUGCGCUUCGCUGAACUGGCGAUACCACAUCGAUGGAAUGUCGCGACUAAUCCAGCUGCGGGGUGGCAUAACGACGUGUUGGCACGAGUCUCCACAUGCUCGAUCGGCUAUUCUGAUGUUCAUCAUGAUCGGCGUUUUUGCCAAUGCGACCAGCCCAGCAGACGAUCAUAUGGAGAUUGCGCCGCAUCUGGAACUUCUCAAGUUACUGGACGAGAUGUACGACGAUCUAUUUUCAUACUGUCUCUGUCCAGGCCCUCUCUUCCAAGAUGUCGUCUGCAUCAACCACCUGCGAGCGCAAGUCGCGGCCGGCGCAACAAGCACCACAAGUGGCCAACUGGUAGCACUGGAAUUAUUGAUGCGUGUCGAUUCCUUCUCGCCGGUGAAAUGGGCCAAGGAGCGAGACGGAUUUCAUGAAGAGUUCACGAUCCUCGGAUCGCUGUGGCAAGCGGCGGUGAUACUGUACUGUAUUAGUUCACUUCAACAGCACUCCCUCCUACACCCGACACCCCAGCUCCAGGCUAUGCGCGCAUCAUAUGGGGACAGCAUAUAUGGCUUGAUAUCGCAGGCGGUGGAAAAUCCACGGACAAAGUACUUCAUCGCGUGGCCGUUGGUGGUGGCUGGCGUGGAGGCAGCCGAUCGUGGAGUCGUGACGCAAGGUUGGGUGGAUGAGCGACUCGGAGAGGUCAGCAGAUACACUGGCACUUCCGCUCCGUUAUUGGCGAGGGCUGCAAUGAGGAGGUUCUGGAAGUCGGAGCAGAAAGAGUGGGAGGAUUGUUUUAACAAGCCUUUUGCUUUUGUGGUAUAGUAGCUGGCAGGACCAGAUCAAAUAGACGUUGAAAUAUUGGUAUAUUCCACUCUGCGAGAUAAUCGAAAUAUCCUCG